UUUCACAACUUUUGGGACAACUAAUGAAUAAUUACACAGAGGGUUUAUUUCUGCUCAUGUCAUCAAACAUUGAAUGGGCUCAGUAGGUUUUUUUUUGAAAUCCCUGGUUUUGCUUCCAUCCAGACUUAUGGAGUAAUGACGCACAGAAAUCUCCAGGUGAGUUGUGCCACUGUUUCUUUAUCCCUUCUGUUAUAUUUAUUCUCAGGGAUAUUUGUGCAGAGGCUUCAGUGUCUGUGUGUGGGUGAAGGAGUGAGGAGGUGAUGUCACUGCUGAGCAGGACGUGUCCACACUGUCUCUUUAAUUUCAGCUCAGUCCAGGGGGCAGGAUCCUGCUUCUUUUUUCUCCUGGAGUCGAAGCGUUUGCACCACAGCAGCAGCAGCAGCAGCAGCAGCAGAUUGAAUGAGGCGUCCCUGAAGGCUGCUUGUCCACACGGAGGACACCGAGCUGGCCUCUCCGAGAUGCCACAAUGCAUCUGUGCGUUUUGAGCUCCUGAGCGAUGCGGAUAGCCUCCUCUCCACACGUCCCGUUUUGGAUGUGUGUCUUCUGUUUUUUUUGUUUUUUUUGCAAAGGAAGCUGCGGGGCCUUGAGGAGCCAAUCUCCGCCUUGAUCGUAUCUGGACAGCAGGCGACUGGCAGCCCUCCGCACGGAUGAUAAAAGAACUUGGGAAAGGAAAUAGUCAAGAUGGCAGCUGUGCACGGAGUGAUAACGCUGAUGUGGAGGCAUUAGAUGAAGUCAUUUUCAUUUUCUUGCAGUGCGCACGUCGCAGGAUCGCGAGUCUGCAGGACGCGGGGCAAACGUCGUCUUGACUCUCCGCUGACUUCCUAUCGCUUCUCUCCACAUUUUGCCAAAUUGCAGCGCGUGUUGUCGAGGGUGUGGGCUGCAGGAGGACAGCCGAUGUUUUAGUUCAUGCUCCGUGCUGCAGAUUGACGCCUUGCAGGAGGACGGACAGACGGACACGUGCUGGGCUGCAGCCUGGACAUUUGCACCGUAAAUGAAUCUGCCGCUGAAUCCUGCACACAACAUUGAUGGAAUGCGACCUGAGUGAUUUUAUUCCCCUUUGUGCGAGAAGCGAGAAUUUGCGAUCGACAUGGCUGAGGCGUUCAUCGGCAACGAGCCUCCGCUGAACGUCGAGAUCGACCCGGAUUUCGAGCCCCAGAAACGGCCACGGUCCUGCACCUGGCCCCUGCCCCGUCCGGAGUCCGGUGCGGGCAAGUCCGGGACCAAUGACACUGACGUAAUCCCCGAAGAGGAGGAUGAUGACGGGGAGAGCGGCGCUGCAGAGACAGCCAGCGGUGGUGAUGUGAAACCCCGGGAGGCGAGCGGCGGCAGCUCCGUCUCGCAGCCCGUGGAAGUCCAGCGCGGCCCCCGCACGGAGGAGGCGGCGGACGGCUCGCCUUCCUCCGCGCAGACCCACGCCGCGGCCCCGGGGGGCUCUGCCUCCCAGCAGCUGAGGAAGUCCUCCGCCCGCAGGAACGCCUGGGGCAACUACUCCUAUGCAGACCUCAUUACCCAAGCCAUCGAGAGCUCCCCGGAGAACAGGCUGACCUUGUCCCAAAUCUACGACUGGAUGGUGAGGUCUGUGCCAUAUUUCAAGGACAAAGGCGACAGCAACAGCUCUGCGGGCUGGAAGGUGAGCGCAGACACGCUGCUGCUGCUGUCAUCAUGACAAAGACCAUGUUGUGGUCGUGUAGAAACACACAAUGCCCACGGCUGUAGUUCAUGUAGAGACGCGGGAGGCGGGUACAAACACUGUGUUAUUUGCAGACACCACCACAUUUUGUUUUCAGCAUCAGUUUCAGACAUAUUUGCUUUG